AUGGAUUGGAAUACAUAUAUACAUAUGGCGUGUAUGGUCCAUGUUUUUCUUUAUUUACACGUUCAGGCGACAGAUUAUCGUAUAGCACUUUUUUUGCAUUCGCAACCAGGGUUCCAUCUGAGUUUCAACACGUUAGCUUCGGCAGCGUACAUUGCUAGAGAUGAAGUCAACACGGACAGGGAUGUAUUCCGCAAUAUAACACUUAAUUUCACCAGUGCCCCAGCCAUUUGCAGGGACUACGGGAAAACAUGCCUCAUCAGUUUGAUACAUGUUGUUGACGACCACAGAGUGGCGGGCGUUAUUGGCCCCCCUUGCUCAUCCGACUGUGAAGUCUGUGGCUUGUUGGCUUCGAGCUGGAGUAUUCCGAUGAUAAGUAUGUCUGCUCUUUCAGCCGUUCUAUCCGAUAAGAAACAUUACGAUACAUUCAGUAGGGUGGUGUCACCAUCGUCCAAAGACGUAACCAUGAUCGUAGAAAUUAUUCUCCGAUUCGGGUGGGCGCAUGUAGGAAUCCUUAGUGAAAAGAACGCGUACACUGACAUCGUUUAUCAAAUUACGAAGGAGCAACUAGAAAGCCACAAUGUAACUGUUGUUACCGAAAUCCUGAGCGUAGAAGAUUUCGACAUUGAACAUGCAAUAGAAGCAAUCAGCAAAAGAGCACGAAGCACGCACAUCAGUGACAAUGUUCUGGGUUCCGCCGCGUAUAUCGCACGUGAUAGGAUCAACACUGACGAAGACGUUUUCGCUAACAUAACACUCACUUUCACCAGUGGUCACAGCGUUUGUCGAGACUACGGUAAGACGUGCCUUGACCACAUCGUGCGAGAUGUGAGUGAACACAGCAUUGCGGGGAUUGUCGGCCCGCCUUGUUCCACUGACUGUGAAAUGUGCGGUGUGUUGGCCUCCAGCUGGAACAUCCCAAUGAUCAGCUACGCCGCGCUCUCAGAAGACCUCUCUAACAAGAAAGUUUACGAUACAUUCAGUCGGGUAGUUUCACCAUCGUCCAAAGACGUGGCCAUGAUCGUAGAAUUCGUUGAGCGACACGGAUGGUCACAUGUUGGAAUUGUUGGAGAAGAGAACUCCUACACAGCCAUAGUCUACCGAAUUAUGACAGCACAACUAGAAAGCUACAAUGUGACUGUUGUAACCGAAUAUCUGGAUACAGUCAUUAUUUUAGCAACACUACUAACGCAUACCCGUGAAAUUAUGCUAACCGCAUACCGUCUUGGACUAACACAAAGUGGGGAUUAUCUGUUUCUGACUAUUGAUGGCGCAAGAGCAAAAUAUGCGGGAAAUAACUGGCGGAGUGAAGAUGGCAAUGACGAGGAGUACGCUGAAGCUUUCAAAGCGCUGUUUGUUGUCGACAUCGAGCAGUAUGAGAAUGACAGAUAUCAUGCGUUCAUGGAAGAGGUCAGAGUCCGACUUACUGAGCCGCCAUGGUAUUCAAAUCUCACAGACGUUUCAAUGGUUAGUAGACAUUCACCGUAUCUGUACGAUGCAGUGUUGUUGUAUGCGUGGACGCUUAGGGAAGUUCUUUCGCAUGGAGAAGACCCUUAUGAUGGUAGAAACUUUCUAGUCAGAAUGAGGGAUGUAGUUUUUGAAGGUAUGAGUGGUCGGGUGAGCAUUGAUCAGAACGGGGACCGUAAUCAAGAUUAUGUCAUGUAUAGUUUUAGCAACAAUGAAGCAUACGAGCCCAUUGCAUUGUUUGAUGGGUUGACAUCUAAAUGGAACAUGAUUCCAGGCAAAACUAUCAUCUGGCCAGGAGGGCGCACAUCUCCGCCCGUCGAUAUUCCUCCAUGUGGAUUCUUCGGUGAAAUGUGCAUAACUGAAGAUGUACUUGGUACACCGCUUGUUACCGGACUGGCCGCUGUAUUGUUUGUUGUACUUGUUCUGUCAAUAUUGGCCGUCGCCUAUUUGUACCGGAGAUACAAGUUCGAACAGGAUGUAAUGAGCACUGCAUGGAAAAUUAGCUACAGCGAUAUUGUGUUCAGUAAAUCACCAAGGGCAGAAAAUGUUGCUGUUAGAAUGAUAUUCAAGACUAGAAUUAGCCUCGUUAGAAAACAAUUGCUGGAGCUUAAAAAUAUGAGAGAAAUACGACAUGAGAAUCUGAACCCCUUUAUUGGUGUGUGUAUUGAUAAUCCGAAUAUCUGUAUUGUCACAUAUUACUGCACAAAGGGUAGUUUACAAGAUAUUCUAGAAAAUGAUGAGAUCAAACUGGAUUGGAUGUUCAAAAUGUCAUUUGCAUCGGACAUAUCUUCGGGAAUGUAUUACUUACAUAAAAGUGUUCUACGCACACACGGUCGUUUGAAAUUGUCUAAUUGUUUGGUCGAUGGACGAUGGGUUGUAAAGCUCAGUGAUUAUGGGUUGUGGAAUUUUCGAGCAAAUCAAGUAACUCCUGGUGUUAGAGAAUAUGCCGAAUAUCAUGACAAGUUUUGGACUGCUCCUGAGUUAUUACGUCAUCCAGACCCUAUUGGUAUUGGUACCCAGCAAGGCGAUGUAUACAGUUAUGCGAUUAUUCUUCAUAAUAUUCUUACACGAACUGAACCUUAUCAGAGUUACUGCGAACUGACACCCAAAGAAAUAAUACAGAAAAUUAAAUCCACAAACGAACAACCAUUGCGUCCAGAAUUACCGACAGAAUUGGUUUCCACAGAAAUACGCAAUCUCAUAGUGAAAUGCUGGGAUGAAAACCCUGAAUGCAGACCAGAUUUUAGUUAUAUAAAACGCGCAAUACAAAAAGAGUAUCCUCACAGAAGUAUCAUGAACAAUAUGGUCGGAAUGUUAGAAAAAUAUGCCUACAACCUGGAGGAUAUUGUAGCGGAAAGAACUGCCCAGUUGGUGGAAGAGAAGAGGAAAACAGACAAAUUGCUUCAUAGCAUGCUACCAAAAUCCGUAGCUGAUGCUUUGAAGUUGGGAAAAAACGUGGAGGCUGAAAGCUAUGAUAAUGUCACAAUUUUCUUCUCGGACAUUGUGGAAUUCACCAAAUUAUCAUCUUCAAGUACACCAAUACAAAUUGUGUGGUUCCUAAAUGAUCUGUACUCAUUAUUUGAUAGUAUCGUCGCCAAACAAGAUGUGUAUAAGGUAGAAACUAUUGGCGAUGCAUAUAUGGUAGUUAGUGGGCUACCCAUACGUAAUGGAAAUCGACAUGCUGGUGAAAUAUGUACAAUGGCGUUAAGUCUACUGAGUGCUACCACCACAUUUACUAUUAGACAUAUGCCAGAUGAAAAAUUGAAGCUACGAGUUGGAAUUCAUUCAGGCCCAUGUGUUGCUGGAGUUGUUGGACUCACAAUGCCAAGAUAUUGCCUUUUCGGAGAUACUGUAAAUACUGCAGCGCGAUACGAGUCCAAUGGAGAAGCGUUGCGUAUCCACAUCAGCAGGGAAACGACGGCAGUUUUGCGCAUACUUGGCGGUUUUACAGUGGAGAAACGUGGCGCAGUAUUUAUGAAGGGAAAGGGAAAGCAGAUCACUUAUUGGUUGACUGGAAAAGAAUCAUUCGACGAACUACUCCCUGAAGUAUAUUCUGAUUAG